GAAAUCCAGUUUCAGAAACAACUCGAGUAACGACUCAAAUAAGGGUUUGUGGCAGCUCACAGCGCACCAACAGUUGCACAGAGGCAAGCUGCACCUACCUCUGCGUUCUAAAGUUUGGAGACGGAGCAGGUUGUCUAUGUCAGCCGGACGGCAAUUGUCUUUGCUUCACACCCUGUUGAGCUACGAGUCUUUCCAUAUGAUUGAAUAAAUUGGGGAUUUAAAAGUGAUAUGGACUACUUGAUUUUCAGUACAAGUCUUAUUGUCUUACUAAUUAAAUUUUCGCUAAAAAAAAUAAAUUAAUUUAUAUAUUUUUUUAGUUAAAAUAAAUCAACUUAAAUUUAAUAAAUGACGUUACGAUGCAUAACUAUUCCAUCAAAUCCAUUUCUCACACGUUAAUUUAUUUAUGAUUUACAAUUUGUGGACCCCAUUUUUGUGACAAAACACAAAAAAAAGGGACCAAAUUUGAUGAUAUGGUGAAAAACCAUAUCAUCAAAUUUACCAUCAAGGCCCCCUGGAAGCUCAAGGAUGUCGUGGGGAAGCCGACUUCCCGAAGCUUCUGGAGGGACAAUGGAAUCGGCAAAUUCGCAAUCUCGCACCGGAUUUCAAGCGGGGAUUCCGUUGCCAGUCUCGCCGUCAAGUAUUCCGUUCAGGUAAUGGAUAUAAAGCGCUUAAAUAACAUGAUGAGUGACCACGGAAUCUAUUCAAGAGACAGGUUAUUAAUCCCUAUAAGCAAUGCGGACCUUCUUCUAGAUUGCACAUGCUACAUAGAGAUGGAUACCCAUGCAAAGAGAGAAGUUGCAGUUCUGUAUCUCGAAGGCAGGCCUGACUGUAAGCCCCGACCUUUUCUGAACAAAGACAAUGCCACCUCCGAUGAGGGCAAGAGAAGGAUAAUCGACUCUUUAAGGCGAAGCAUGCAAGUUGAUGAUGGAACUGCUCAAUACUAUUUGUCAAUUUCCAAUGGCGACCCUCGGGCUGCACUCACAGAAUUCUCUUCAGACCUUAGGUGGGAAAGGCAGGCCGGCUUGACUUAGUUGGAAAUAUACAUGAAUCAUGACAUUGAAGGAUUGUAAUUAAUAAGUAAUAACCCAGAAAAUACCACUGGUAUAAUGUGUGGGGUUGUGGUCUGCUUCUUUUAGCAAGUGUUGAUAUCUCUGUAUCAAUCAUUGUUGGAGUUGCUAGAACUAAUGGUAGUACCCGAUGAAUCUUUUAGCAGGCUCUGCCAUCAGUUUUAAUAAGAAACAGAGUUAAAGCUA